AUGUCGACCUUACAACGUCGUAGAGUAAACAGAGCUGGUUCAGACAGUAGUGGACCAGAAUUAUCACCUACCGUUACAGCAGAACAAUUAGCUGAUGAUGUGAGGAAUUCAGCCUCUAAUACUGAACGUACUAAAUAUAAAAGCCAAGAUGCUGAUGACGAUGACGAUAGUUCAAUUGUCGGUAAAAGGGUCGCGUAUGACCCAGAGGAGGCUAAGCUGCAAGGUGACUAUUCUAUACCCACAUUGACACUAAUGGAAGAAGUAUUACUUAUGGGUUUAAAGGAUAGAGAGGGUCAUUUAUCAUUUUGGAACGAUAAUAUAUCGUAUGCUUUACGUGGAUGUAUAUUAAUUGAAUUGGCCCUUAGAGGAAAAAUUAGAAUGCUAGAUGAUUCUGCUAGAAAGAGAUUUGAUGUAUCUGAAAGAUUAGUCGAAGUUAUAGAUGGUACUAAGACAGGUGAAGUAUUAUUAGAUGAAACAUUACAAUUGAUGAAAAAUGAUGAACCCCUAACUGUUGCUAAUUGGAUUGAUUUAUUAAGUGGUGAAACAUGGAAUCUUAUGAAAAUUAACUACCAAUUAAAGCAAGUAAGAGAAAGAUUAGCUAAGGGUUUAGUAGAUAAGGGUGUUCUUAGGACUGAAAUGAAAAACUUCUUCUUAUUUGAUAUGGCUACACAUCCUGUGGCAGACUCCACAUGUAAAGAAGCAAUUAAACGUAGAAUACUCUCAGUACUUGUCUCAAGAAAUAUGGAACUAGAAUACAAUGAUUUCUUCCCAAAGACAACUUCAUUUGCCCUAAUUCGAACUUUGGCAUUGAUAUGUAGUGCGUACGGUGCUAACGUUUUAGAAAAUGUUCUAGCAUCCUUAGAUUUUGAUAAACGUGAUAGGGCCAUUGGUAGAUCCGACGAAAUCCUAGCUCAAUUUGCUCAAUAUCCCUUUAAACUAGAUGGUGAAUCUGAAUAUGGUAUAUCUAUUAAUCUUAACAGAGAAGUCGAGGACGAGAUUGAGGGGUUACCAGGCCACGAUUUACAACUAGAAGUGGUUGCAGGUGUUAUCGAAGUAUUUUCAAGAAUGGAUUUGUUGUUAUAA